UGGACAACCUGUCCGGCGAGAGGCUAGAAUUAACCAGGGUAGACAGGAGGCAAAUGGGGGCUUAUCUUUGCAUAGCUAGAAACGAAGUGCCUCCGGCGGUCAGCAAGAGGGUUAAUCUAAAAGUAAAUUUCCCUCCUAGCGCUAAAGCACCCAAUCAACUGCUCAGUUCUCCCUUGGAUACAAACGUGUCACUAAUCUGCUUAAUCGAGGCUUAUCCCAAGACGAUUAACUUGUGGAUGCGGAAGGAGCAAGUUAUCAUGAGCGGAGGCAGAUACGAAAUCGACGAGCAAGGGGACCCCGACGAGGAAUGGAAGACGACGAUCGUGUUGAAGAUAAGACGCUUGGAGAAAACGGAUUUGGGUGAAUACACGUGCUCAGCCUCUUCAAGUAUGGGAAAAGCUGAGGCGACUCUCAGAGUAUACGAGAUCGAGCGCGCAACCGUGCCCAAUCGCAUCACCUCGACCAAUUCGAAGCGACUGAACCGAGGCAAGUCAAAGUCCGGGCAAGGGACGAUGGUCAAUCGGGUUUUCCAUCAGCAGGUGAGCACGCCGGCGAUGCAGAAGAGCACCGCGCGAUUGAUUCACAACAACAGAUACGCGACCUCGUCGACCACCGCGGAUCCGCGCGCUCCCUUAAUCAAGGACCAGGGUAAUGCCUUCAAGCAUAACAACCGCAACGACAACCACCAGAAUCUCAAGGACCACAGCGACGCGUCCCUGAUCAUCGCCAGCAAGUGGGUCGUUUUGUCGCUCUGUCUCGUAUUGUUCUCGAUAGUGCGAUAAAACGUAAGGUGAUGAAAACUACGAGAACGACGAUUACGACGAUAGCUAUCCCUACGCAAAAGGAAUUACUCGGUCAGCAUGAAAUUGUGUUCAUCGAUCCGACGAGUAGCGAGGCCAAGCGAAAGAAACUCACGAGAGUCUCGUAAACGAAAAAUGCGAGGGGGAAGAAUUCUCACACAACGACGACGAGGGGUUGAUGGAAGAACUAACUGUUCUAUUUAAUUAGCCAGAUCAACGUUCUUAAUAGCACGAGAAGAGAUCGAAAGGGAAGCGAACACUUGGUGGACGCUUUUACAGGGUAAGAUCGUAGAGAAGCGAGUACUUGGACACGUGGUAGGGUGAAAAUAGGGGAGGUGGGAGGUUUGAUCCGUUAAUGCGAGUGAAUGUUGCCCGAGAUAACCGCUGCGGAUUUUUACGGAAAGACGCUUACGAAUGUAUUUUUUAUGAUCCUUUUAUCCGUUGCUAACGUGCGAAAAGUUCGGGGAUGAA